CGCAGCGCCGAGGCCGGGGCCCUGGGGCCCCACAAUCCGCAUCACGGAAUCUCCGAGUGAGUCGGAAUGAGCGCAGCCACUGCCCAUCACAGACGGUGAAGAAGCUCCUAGAAGAACAAAGGCGCCGCCAGCAGCAGCCUGACGCUGGUGGGCUACCGGGACAGUUCCUGGCUCCCCUGGCCCAGCCCCUGACCCCAUCUGUGAAUGAGGGUGAAGCUGGCCAUACUCACUUCCCAGCACACCAGGAGACUGUGGGUUCUGGACUUGGCAGCCUGGCACCCUCCAUGGGCUUUCCAGACUGGGACCCCAACACGCAUGCUGCCUACACGGACAGGCCCUACUCCUACCCUGCUUCUGCUGCUGAAGGUUCCCUGACUCCUGACUUCUACUCACACUCGGACCCAGGGCGGCCGUGUUCAUUUCCCCUGGGGAUGGAGGAACCCCUGGAUACUCGGCUCUAUGCAGAACCUCCCCUGCCACAGGCAGGAUCCUGGAGAGGUUCUGGACUCCCUUCAGGACCCCCACAGUUGCCUCCUGUGGUCAACGGACCAUCCCUGGACACUGCCCGUGCUCAGAUGUUGGCUUUGGGGCCACAAAAGCUGCUGGCCCAGGAUGAGGAGGGAGACACGCUCCUGCACCUGUUUGCGGCUCGAGGGUUGCGCUGGGCCGCAUAUGCCGCAGCUGAGAUGCUCCAAGCGUACAGACAUCUGGACAUUCGUGAGCAUAAGGGCAAGACCCCUCUUCUGGUGGCUGCUGCUGCCAACCAGCCCCUGAUUGUGGAGGAUCUACUGAACCUGGGAGCGGAACCCAACGCCACUGACCAUCAAGGGCGUUCUGUCUUACACGUGGCCGCUACAUAUGGGCUCCCAAGAGUUCUCUCGGCUGUGAUUAACUCAGGGGCUCGAGUUGACAUCGAAGCCAGAGAUUUCGAGGGCCUCACCCCUCUCCACACAGCCAUCCUGGCCCUCAACGUUGCUAUGCACCCACCCGACCUAUAUCCCCCAGUACUGAGUACCCAGGCCCAAGACAGGCUGGCUUGCGUCAAGAUGUUGCUGCACAUGGGUGCUGAUCAUACCAGCCAGGAGAUCAAGAGCAACAAGACAGUUCUGCACUUGGCUGUGCAGGCUGCCAACCCGACUGUGGUUCAGCUGCUGCUGGCGCUGCCACGGGGAGACCUGCGGGCCUUUGUCAACAUGAAGGCCCAUGGGAACACAGCCCUCCACAUGGCGGCCGCCCUGCCCCCUGGGCCGGCCCAGGAGGCCAUUGUGCGGCGCCUGCUGGCAGCUGGGGCGGAUCCAACGUUGCGCAACCUGGAGAACGAGCAGCCUGUCCACCUGCUACGGCCCGGGCCGGGCCCUGAGGGGCUCCGGCAGCUACUGAAGAGGAGCCGUGUGGCACCCCCAGGCCUGUCCUCUUAGGACUCAAACCCAGAACCUGGACUGAUUUUCCAGUCCCCACCGUCCUGUGGGACAGCCAGCGUAUGCUAAUGUUGCAAACUGUGAUAAUGUCCUGCCAUCGGGGUCUUACAUUAAAACCCCAAAAUGGCUGUUGGCGGGUAAACAGUCCCCAAUAUUUGGGGUGGUAUGAUACCCUUCCCCCACCCACAAGGAGCCCCCUUGAUGAUUUCUGUGAAAUCGAGGCCCCUUGAUUGUUUCUGUGAAACACACUGGACCCCCAACCCUUUCCCCACCAGGAUCUUUUGGGGUCCAGAUAUAACUCCCCUAUAUGGUACUUGGGGUAUGCCAAAACAGCUUCCAGUACCAUCCUAGUAGAGCUCCUAAGAUGACCCCUGACCUCCCCAGGACCCACCCCCUUCAGGUCCUUAACCCUGAGACAUAGGAAGGACUCUCGAUUAGAAUCCCCUAGGUCCUACUGCUUUAAGUCAGAACACAACCAGGCCCCUGACCCAGACCUCAGUAUUUCUAGUGAAUCCCUCCCCUAUAUGAAACUCUUGAUUAAACUCAGU